AGUAUAGAAAUGGACACCGCUUAUAUUAAUAUUAAAUUUACACCAUUUAUAAAAAGUAUUGUUAAAUGUGAAUCCCGAUAUAAUUUAGAAAUCGUUCCUAUAACAUCAUGUGUUGAAAAUAUUGAAAAAUUAGAAUGGAAGGAUGUAAAAGAUAAAAUCGAAUUUACAAUACCGAUAGUUUAUAAAAUAAUAAUUAUGAAACAAAACUAUCCGAAAAAUCGUACAAAAGUUUAUCAUUCUUGUGUUGAUAUAAUAUCAUCUUCAUCUUUAACAAAUAUAAAAUUGAGACAUACAAGUGAAUAUUCAGUCUUAAGCAAACCAAAUGAAUGUUUGGAUGCUAAUAAGACAAAGCAUGGUAUGGUGCUAAAUCCUAAAUUGAAGCAAAAAAAUGAUAUACAUUUCUAUUUAAGUAACAGCAAUUACCCAUUUAAGUCAUUAAAAGUUUUGAAGUCCGCCGUAACUUUAUUAACUCACGGAAAUUUAAAAACAUCAAAGCAAGAUAUUAACUAUGAAGUGCUUAGUCAUGAUUUCAAAUCAUCUGAAUUUAUUAACUCCGGCGAACGAAUUAAAACAACUGUUAAUAAGAAUUGCAAUGCCAACCAAUUUUUAACCAACAAAAUAAAACAUCUUGAUUCAUCAGAUACCGGUGAUGUUGCAAUUCAAAAAAAUGAAAUCAAGAAAAAAAUAUUAAGGACACCAGUUUAUAAUACGAUCGGAGAUAAUUCUAUCCUCUCUAAAAAUACAGCAUCUCUUUUUAAUGAUCGAUUACAUAAUUUACACGAUUGCAUUUUUAAUUAUAGAAGUUAUCACCAAAAUCAGAUUAAAAAGAAUACGAAUUUAGAGGUCAACUAUUUAAAUUUAUUUAGCAGUAAAUCUUUAAUGUCAAAUGUUAGGAUAUUGCCAGAAGUUCGUGUCGCAAAUUUUGUUCAAAAUAUGGAAAGGGAAAUUCUUCCCUUAAAAAUAAUAUUAAACGAUAUUAUUAAUAAAUGUGUAUCCUUAAAUUUUUAUACAUUAUUGCAAAAUAGAUCGACUUUUGAUAAUAAUAUUGCUUCAAAGGGGUGCGACGUCAAAAAUUGUUUAAAGUCGAAUCGUGUUGUUUAUUCGGUCGUGUUUAAUGAAUAA